CACAACUUCCACAGCGCUGGGUGGGUGAAUAUCGAACAAGUGGCAACCAUCGGAGAGGGGGUUAGCGAUGAAAUCCAGAACUUUGUAUGCUCAUAUCCCUUGAGUGUAAAACUCGACAAUUGGAUGAUUGUUGAAUUAUCCAUGGUGUUCAAUACUGAUAAAAUGUAA